AUGGUGAAAGGAAUAGAGGGCAUGACUUAUGAGGAGCAGUCUUGCAAAACUGCAGAAGCUGCUCCUUGUGGUGUUUUUGCUCCUGUACCCUUCCUUUUCUUGGGGUGCUCCCACUCCUUCCUCCUGGCAGCCAUGGGCUACGACCGCUGUGUUGCCAUCUGCCACCCCCUGCAUUACAACAGCAUCAUGACUUGGCGAGCAUGUGCUCAGCUGGUGGCUGCUUCUGCUCUGAGCGGCUUGCUGCUUGCCCAGGUGGUUACCCCCUUGAUAUUUUGCCUGCCCUUCCAGGCAUCCAGGAAACUCAACCAUUUCUUCUGUGAAAUCUCCCCAGUCCUCCGAGUGGCCUUUACUCACACAACCUUCAGGAAGGCCAUUAUCUUCACACUGGGUAUCUCUGUCCUUACGAUCCCACUGAUGCUGAUCCUCAUUUCAUACCUCUUCAUUGUCUUGGCCAUCUUGCAGAUCCCUUCAGCCACAGGGAGGCACAAAGCCUUCUCCACCUGCAGUGCUCACCUGAUAGUAGUGGUUAUUCAUUAUGGCUGUGCCUCCUUCAUCUACUUGAGACCCAACUCCAACUCAUCAGAUCAGGAUGCAUUGAUUUCUGUCGCUUAUACCAUCCUCACUCCCCUGCUCAACCCUAUGAUUUACAGCCUAAGGAACAAGGAUGUCAAAGUGGCUCUUCAAAAAGCAAUCAGGAAAAACAUACUAUCUCAGAAAGUUUUCCAGUGA